CAAGCUAUUUGAACCCUUCCAUGGAGGCCAUGCUUGAUGACUACUUAGAUAAGCAACACACCACUCCUCUUCUCUUCUCUUCUCUUUCUCGUCAUGGUGCUCUCAUCUCAUGAAUUCAUGCCUUACCUCUCUACACUCACUGCUAUUCUCUGCUUGGGCUUUGUGCUUGUGGUGAACUAUGGAAGUAGAUUGUAGAAUCUCUGUUGUCUGGAUUUCAGGAAUCCAGUUUACUUAAGUUAUUGUGAGUAGUUUCACAACUUAAAUAAUCCAGAAUGGAGCAUUCUUAUGAUUCAGUUACUGAUGAUGAUUCUCCGAAUCCCGGUCGAAAGAUUAUCAUGCACCCUCUUUACCUCCCAAGAUCAUCACCAUGGUUUGAACUCAGAGUGUUCUAUGUGAGAUUAAGCAACUGUGAGGUUGAUGAUUAUACUCCUGAGCACCUCACCCUUAAUCACAUACCACUCGCUCCCGAUACGAUUCUUGAAGUGAAUGGAAAAAGAAGUGGUAUCUAUUCGGAUUGUGUCUUUUCUUCACUAAGACGGGAUAGGGUUGAUAAGAAAUCAGAUGAAGCUACUUUUGUGAGCACAGAUAGCUUAAGGAUGACAGGAAGUGUGAGAUUUGAGGUCUAUGACAAAGAUGAUCUUUUGUUAUGUGGAGUCCUUGAAUUGUGCAAUGGCAAUGGUUAUGUGAAGGAGUCAAAAAAUCACAGUAAGAAAUGGAAUAUGAAGUGCCAAUCUUCGGUAUCACCUGGCUCGAGUUUUUUAAAGGGAAAGCAAUAUUUGACUGCGGAUGUUCCUUCCCCGACCAUCGAGGUGUAUGUCGCCGGCUGUUUCUCCGGUACUCCUAUCAUCUUGACUAAGACUCUUCAGCUUGGUUUCCGGAAGAAACACCAGAUGAAGGCGAUGCUUGAUUGCAUACCGGAGUUUGAGGGCACCACUGAUAUGAAGAAAGAAUCACCAUUUGAGGAUCCUUUACAGUUAUCAGAAUACCGAGAUUACAAACCCGAAAAUGCUAUGGACAUGGACUACAACAGUAUUUACUCUAGAGCAGAAUACUUCGACGAGGAUGGUGAGCUUUCAUGGUUCAAUGCUGGAGUGAGAGUUGGUGUGGGUAUCGGCCUUGGAGUCUGCGUAGGCGUUGGCAUCGGCGUCGGUUUACUCAUCCGAACAUAUCAAGCAACCACUCGGAACUUUAGAAGACGGCUCUUUUGAUGCCGAGACAACUAGUUUUAUGAUCCUAGUACUUCCAUAAAGCAGCUGACUUUGUGUUCUCUUUCAUGGAGUUUGUUCAUACUGUGAAUUUGUUCUUGUUUUUGGAGUUGCUGACAAAGUUCAGGAGUCUGCUCUCUUGCUAUGACAAUAAUGUUGGAAGUUGGAACUUAGAAACAAUAUAUAUAUACAGUUAUACUAUGAAAUUUCAAAUUGAGAUUAA